AUGUACGACUCAAACUGUCCUCACCCGUUGCUGGCCCAAGUGUCCCUGACGGUAUCCCCGUUUAUCUCGCUCCCCACGGCAGUGACCUUGCCUUACACCUACAAGUCAAUCGCUUCGACGCUUCCCCCGUCCGUCAUCACUGCGCCCGGAGAUUCUGAUGCCAAAGCACGCUAUGUUGUUUCGUCUACCGGUGGUCAUGCUGCUCAUCCCGACGAGAUCCUAGCGUCUUGCCAGUCCCUUGAAGCGCAUUUACACAAGACAGUAGCAGCUGCGGAGAAGACUAUCAAGGACUGGGAAGAGUCCGUCAAACAACGAGAGUUGGCCGAGAAGAGAAGAGUGGCGCCUGGAUGGCUAGAUCGAGAGGAAAAGCUCCUUCAACCUGCACUUAUGCAUGCUCCGUCCUCGACCCCUGCGAAUCCUAAUGCCGAUGGUGCUUCUCAGAGUAUCUUGGAUUCCAGGUCACAGGAGCAGGAGUCGCAACCACAGCCUACCAUCGCACCUCGCGAUGAGGGUGAGGAACUAGAUCGAGCUUUUGGCGGUCUACAAAUGAAAUGA